AGGAGCUCUUGAAGCACAAAGCUGAUGCCAACGCCGUGGACAAGAACGGACUCACACCUCUUCAUUGGGCCGCCUACUGGGGUCAAACAGCGUGUAUCAAGGAGCUGCUCUACAAGGGGGAGGCGGAUCCGAACGCCCAGGACCACUUACAGCACACGCCCUUCAUGAUGGCGGCCUGAUUUGGGAAGAUCGACAGCGCGCGCGAGAUCUUCGAGAAGAUGAAAACGAACGACAUCAGGCUUCCUGACGUAUGGGCCUCACUCCUUUAGAGUGGGCGAGGCAGAGCAAUAGAUCUGAGGCGGCGGCUUUUAUCGAACGGCGGUACAGAAAGCUGGGCCUGCCGAUCGAGCGAGAUCAGCCUGGCGCAAGCAGUCGCUCCUCUGUCCCGCCAUCCCCUUCUCCUUCGCAUUCGGUGGCCCUUUCUCCAUUCGUUGGGUCCAGCACUCCGACAACAACGGUAUUCGGCGGUGCCUCCAGCCAAGGAGAAGGCGGACGCGCGUCGUCGCCGUCAUGAUAGCCGACUCCACAACCUCCUGUGACACUGGGCGGAGCAUCCAAGCCACCUUUAUUUCCGCCUUAAUGGGCACCUUACCGGAGACUUGCUUUCUCUUUGAUGCCAGAGUGAGAAAUCAUGCGAGCGAUAUGUAGCCUGUCCUAUACUACUGACAGAAUCGGCAUUGCAGGGAUAAUGCGGUUAGGCUAUCUCUGUUGUUGCAAUGUACAACACAUACAUAUUAAGUUUUACACCUUCGCGAGAUCAGAUCAGAUUUCUCAUCGAAGCCAAGUUCAAGCGUUCAAGACUUUGAUUGAGAGGAUAGGCCUGCAGCGAUCCACAUCCAGGUACGCCUGUCCAGGUUCGUUUGUAUGGCACAUGUCACUGAUUUACAGGGAGCCUACAAUUUGGUGACAGGUUUUCCCCAGAUUUAUAUCAUUCCAUAAGUUUUGAAAUAUGUUGCAAUAAAAGAUGGAGGAACUGAAAACAAGGAGCCUUCCAGCUUCUAAGUCCAUACAUGGAGGCUGAUUUUGAUAUGUCGGCGAUAAAGAUAGAAUGGUUUUCUGAAAAUUUCACGCGUCAAAUGAGUGUAGCAGCUAUUCCAGGAUCCCAAUCAUAUCAACAUAUUGUAUUUUUGAUCAUUUAGUAUGUUUGGGAACCGAAAUGAAGCCCAAUUGUUAAAAAAAGGGGCUGCAAAGCAUUCGAU